AAUACACUAUCCAGCAGGACUGUGUGUAACACAUUGAAACACAGGCAGUUAGAACGCCACAACACAUACACAGACAUUGUUACAACCCUCCCAUUUCCUGCAAUAUUGGUUUUUUUUUAAUGUUUUCUUAAAACACUACACAUUUGAACCCCUGGCUUCUGGGCAACUCUGCCUUACCUGGAAAAUCACCGCGUUUGGGAACAAACAAAGAUUAAAUAUGCGUGGGAUUCAGUUAAAGCACAUCGAGAGUGAGAUAAAGGUGGGCUGUUGAAACUGGGAGCUGUUGAUUUGGGAAUCCAAGAACUGGCAAAGCGGCUCUCAACAUGACUGUGUUUAAUCAAGAGAAUGUUGAAGACUAUUAUGAAAUUGGAGAGGAGCUCGGCAGCGGGCAGUUUGCUGUAGUAAGAAAAUGUCGGAAAAAAAAUCAAGACCUGGAGUAUGCUGCAAAAUUCAUCAAGAAGCGCCGGACGAAGUCCAGCCGGCGAGGGGUCACCAAAGAAGACAUCGAACGGGAAGUCAGCAUAUUAAAAGAGAUCCAGCAUCCGAACGUCAUCACACUGCAUGACGUUUAUGAGAAUAAAACGGACGUCAUUUUAAUCCUUGAGCUUGUGGCAGGUGGGGAACUUUUUGAUUUUCUUGCUGAAAAGGAAUCCUUGACUGAGGAGGAAGCUACUGCAUUUCUCAAGCAAAUCCUUGAUGGAGUUCAGUACCUACAUUUAAAGCACAUCGCUCACUUUGAUCUGAAGCCUGAAAACAUCAUGCUGCUAAACAGAAAUGCACCCCAUCCUCGCAUUAAACUCAUUGACUUUGGAUUGGCUCACAAAAUUGAUUUUGGCAAUGAUUUUAAAAACAUCUUUGGAACACCAGAAUUUGUAGCUCCAGAAAUAGUGAAUUAUGAGCCACUUGGCUUAGAAGCAGAUAUGUGGAGUGUUGGUGUGAUAACAUAUAUUCUUUUGAGUGGAGCAUCGCCUUUCCUGGGUGACAGCAAGCAAGAAACGUUGGCAAAUGUAUCUGCUGUUAAUUAUGUAUUUGAAGAAGAGUUCUUUAGGAAAACUAGUGGGCUGGCUAAAGAUUUUAUAAGAAGGCUCCUGGUAAAAGAUCCAAAAAAGAGAAUGACAAUUCAAGAUAGUUUGGAGCAUCCAUGGAUCAAGCCCAAAGAUACACAGCAAGCACUCAGCAGAAAGGAAUCAGCUGUAAAUAUGGAAAAAUUCAAGAAAUUUGCAGCCCGAAGAAAAUGGAAGCAAUCGGUGCGCUUAAUCUCGCUGUGCAAUCGGCUGUCAAGAUCUUUCCUGUCUAGAAGUAAUAUGAGUGUUGCAAGGAGUGAAGACACCCUGGAUGAGGAAGAUUCCUUUGUAAUGAAAGCAAUCAUUCAUGCCAUCAAUGAUGAUAAUGUCCCUGGAUUACAACAUUUACUUGGAUCACUGCCAAGUUAUGACAUUAACCAACCUAACAAGCACGGAACACCUCCAUUGCUUACAGCAGCUGGCUGUGGAAAUGUUCAGAUGCUUGAUUUGCUCAUGAGAAGAGGAGCACAAAUCCAUGCAAAAGACAAGUCUGGAUCAAAUGCUGUUUAUUAUGCAUCCAGGCAUGGUCAUGUGGAAACCUUAAAAUUCCUUAAUGAAAUGAAGUGUCCUUUGGAUGUUCAAGAUAAGUCUGGAGAAACUGCUCUUCAUGUAGCUGCCCGAUAUGGAAACCUGGAUGUGGUUCAGUAUCUCUGCAGUAUUCAAGCCAAUCCUAACCUUCAGGACCGGGAACAAGAAACCCCUCUACACUGUGCUGCUUGGCACGGGUAUUACUCUGUUGCCAAAGCUCUCUGUGAAGCUGGGUGUGAUGUGAACUUUAAAAAUAAAGAGGGGGAGACUGCACUGCUUACAGCAUCAGCCAGAGGAUACCGGGAUAUUGUGGAAUGCCUGGUGGAACACGGUGCUGACCUUGAUUCAACAGACAAGGAUGGACAUAUUGCCCUCCACCUUGCUGUCAGAAGAUGUCAGGUAGAAGUGAUAAAGUGCCUGAUCAGUCACGGCUGUUAUGUAGAUGUACAGGAUCGACAUGGCAAUACACCCCUGCACACUGCCUGCAAAGAUGGCAACGUUCCCAUCGUCUUGUGUCUCUGUGAUGCAAAAUGUAAUCUGGAUAUCCCAAAUAAAUAUGGAAGAACCCCUCUACACUUAGCAGCUAACAACGGAGGCCUUGAAGUUGUCCGCUGUCUUUGUCUUGCUGGUGCCAAUGUAGAUACCGUAACUUCAGAUGGAAAGACUGCAGAAGACCUUGCAAAAAAUGAACAUCACGAGCAUAUAGCCAGCUUGCUUGGGAAGCUUAAAAAGGAUGCACACAAAGGAAUUUACAUUCAGCAGCUCCGGCAUACUCAGAAUCCACAACCAAGGAUAAAGCUGAAACUAUUUGGGCACUCUGGCUCAGGAAAAACGACACUACUUGAGUCCCUGAAGUGUGGUCUUUUAAGGAGUUUCUUCAGGAGACGACGGCCCAGGCUGUCCUCUACCAAUUCCUCCAGAUUUCCACCAUCUCCUUCGUCAAAACCCUCAGUUUCAGUAAGUAUUAUGAACCUCUAUCCCGGUUGUGAAAAUGUCAGUGUCCGGAGUCGCAGUAUGAUGUUUGAACCCAGCUUAACGAAAGGAGUCCUGGAGGUUUUCUCACCUUCAAACAAUUCCCACUCCACUUCUGACGAUCAGUCGACCAAAGCCAUCGAUGUACAGAAUGGCAACAUAAAUGGAGUAGGUGAUUUUAGUGUGUGGGAGUUUGCUGGCAAUCCUGUCUAUUACUGCUCUUAUGACUACUUUGCUGCAAAUGAUCCCACUGCAGUCCACGCUGUAGUUUUCAGCUUGGAGGAACCCUAUGAAACUCAGCUCAAUCAAGUUACUUUCUGGCUUAACUUCCUUAAGUCCUUGAUCCCACCAGAGGAACUCACAGCAUUUGGUGGGAAGAUAAAAAAUCCAUUGAGAGUUGUGCUUGUGGCCACACAUGCUGAUAUUGUGAAUUUGCCUCGUGCAUUCGGAGGGGAGUUUGUGUAUGAUAAGGACAUCUCGUUACUGAAGGAGGUCAGAAGCAGGUUCGGGAAUGAUCUGCUGAUAUCUGACAGACUAUUUGUUGUGGAUGCAGGAGCCUCAGGGUCUAAAGACAUUAAGCUACUCAGAAACCACCUACAGGAACUUAGAAAUCUUCUUAUUUCAGCUUGUCCCCCAAUGACAAUACUUAGUGAGAAAAUCAUUUCAACGCUCCCUUCCUGGAGGAAAAUGAAUGGUCCAAACCAGCUGAUGUCCUGGCAGCAGUUUGUUUUUGAUGUUCAAGAACAAAUUAAUCCUUUAAUCAGUGAAGAUGACCUACGGGAGAUAGCCUUCCAGUUGCACAGCAUGGGAGAGAUUAAUGUAAUGCAAAGUGAGACCAUCCAAGACGUGGUUCUCCUGGAUCCUCGGUGGCUUUGCACCAGUGUGCUCGGGAAAAUCCUCUCCAUUGAGAACCCAAAAGCCAUACACCAUUACAGAGGACGCUACAGAAUAGAGGAGGUCCAGAGCCUGGUGUCGGACAGCGAUGUGGAUGAACUGAUCCAGAUUUUGGAUGCUAUGGAUAUCUGUGCCAGGGAUUUAAGUAAUCCAACAAUGAUUGAUAUUCCUGCUCUGAUCAAAACAAACGGCCUGAACAGAUCCUGGACGGGGGAUGAUGAUGAUGAAGAUGAAGUUUUGGUCUAUGGAGGAGUUCGUAUUGUCCCUGUGGAGCAUCUUACCCCUUUUCCAUGUGGCAUCUUUCAUAAACUGCAAGUGAAUCUGUGCCGGUGGAGCCACCAGAAGCCAGAUGGAGAUGAUAUUCGAUUAUGGACAAAUGGAAUAAAGCUAUCACAUGGAGGGGCAGACGUCAUGAUCUUGCUGGUCAACCAUGGACAAGGUAUUGAGGUCCAGGUGAGAGGACUGGACACAGAAAAGAUUAAGUGUUACAUGCUUUUGGAUUUAAUAUGCAGCAUUAUUGAUAACCUGAUAGCAACAACUUUGCCAGGUCUUCUUACUGUGAAAUAUUACCUCAGCCCCCAGCAGCUAAGGGAACAUCAUGAGCCAAUAAUGAUUUAUCAACCUAGAGACUUUUUCAGGGCUCAGACACAAAAAGAAGCAUCCCUUGUAAACACAAUGGGGGGUUACAAAGAGAGCUUUAAUAGCAUUCUGACUUUUGGGUGCACGGAUGUUUACUAUCAAGGAAAUCUCGGCAUGGAUAUACACAUAUCAGAGCUGUGUCUUUUGACUAGGAGAAAACUUAGUCGCCUUUUGGACCCACCAGAUGCAAUGGGCAAAGAUUGGUGCCUCUUGGCCAUGAACUUGGGUCUUACUGAUCUUGUUGCUAAAUACAGCACGAACAAUGGAAUACUGAAAGAGGUUGCAUUCCAUCCCAGCCCAACGUCUGCUCUUAUACAGGAGUGGAGUGGCAGUCCUGGAAGCACCAUCGGGAUUCUCAUUACAAAGCUGAGAGAACUGGGCCGCAGAGAUGCAGCCGACUUCCUCAUGAAAUCAUCCGCUGUUUUCAAAGUUAUCCUGGAAGCUAAUGGCCAAGAAGCUUACGCGUCAAGCUGCAACGGAGGAACGUCCUAUAAUUCCAUUAGCUCAGUCAUAUCUCGAUAAAAUGAAUGAAGUACAUUGAAAUGAAUGUGCAAUCUCAAUAGACUUCUAACGUUAACCUGAUUUUAGUUGUUGUAGAUAGGGUUGGAUUCCUUAACGCAAAUAUAUAACACUGCCAUUUUGAUACUGUCUUUCUAUUUGAUAGGCUUUCCUUAAUUAUUGUGUUUGGCAUAUGGUUAAACUUCCCUUAACAAAGGGAGUAUUACAAGCUUGCUUUUUACAUUUAAUUACACUUAUAAUUGUAUUUGCUAAAUAUUGUGUGUUAUAAAGUUACAAUAAUACAAUGUGUAUGCCUGGCAGAACGUAUUACUACAGUAUAUUGUAUUUAAAAAAAGAAAAAAUAUGCGAGUGCCUUUUUCUGUGAUGGUUUAGUUGACCAUCUUUUUACAUAGACGCUCUCUGCCUCCCCGUUAUUCACAUUGAGGGGGUUGGACUAAAAACUGACAACAUUCCUACCAUGACACACUAUCCAUAAUGUGUAGGGUUACUGUGGGCCCCAAGUACAGCACUGUUAUGAUACAACAAGGCUCAACGUUGUUUAAAAAGUUCUAGAAGGAUAUGUGACCAAUGAUUUACAUCUUGUUUCUUGUAAUACACACAGACAUUGUGAAUUAUUGGAUACGGAAGCACUUGGAAACCAAGUACCAGAUAUCUUUUUUCAGGCACUGUGUUAAAGAACAGUAGGGAUAUGGCAGGAAUUCCAUGAACAAAUGAAUCAGCUUGGCCUUGCUGUGAAAUAGCAGUUACUUAUUUCAUUGAGUAGCACCCUAUUUAGAAAUAUUUAAAUAAAUACAUGGAAGAAACACUCUAUUUACACCAAAAGGGUGUGCUACAAAUGGAGGUAUUUCUAAUUGCUUGUCCAGCCCCAUCAUUGAAGGGGUACUUACUGAAUUGCUUCUGUGUUAUUAGACUGGUCUUUUUUUAAAUACUGUUUCUGAUGUUUUUUGUUAACAAUAUUGCAGGAAUAUUAAAAACAUUUCGAAUUAAUUGUAAAUGUAUAAAGUUAAAAUUAAGCAUUUGACUAUAAAAAGAAAUUUUCAAUUUUCAAGUGUCCCUGUACAGAAUAAUGUGAUGUUUGUUUCUUUGUUUUGUUUUGUUUUUACACAGGUUGGCUUCACUUGUUUGUGUUUGUGUCUCGGUUCACAAUGUAAGGUAUCAGAAAGAAAAGGGAAAGAAGUCUAUUUAAAACAGCAUGUACAGUCAUUACUUUGCACAAGACAUUUUUGUUCUAUUUAUAUGUUGUGUUCUUUUAAGCAUGUCUUGGAAUGCAAUGUUCUUAAUACCUUCUUAAACUUUAUAUACUAGUAAUAUUUUAAAAUAAAUUGUUUAAUUGAG